GAAAGGAAAAAAGAAAAAAGAAAAAACUCUCCUGUCCCCCCGGCAGCCGCGGCCGCUGUUCCCUUCUCGAUGCCCUAGCAUCCUCGCCGCCGGGAACCGCGAACCCUAGCCCUCUCCUCCGCCCUUCUCCGGGAAGGGAAUCGAUUCAUCUCCGCCCUCCCUACCCGCUGCUGCCUCCUCACGCGGCGGCGCAAUCUCCGUCACCGGCGGCGGCGGCGGCGGCGGGAGGUGGGGUGUCCACGAACGAACGCCGUGCGGGCUAUGGAGUGAUGAUGCCUUCUUCUCCUCCCGACAUGUAUGAGAAACAGGCACUUGUUCAUGGUGGAGAUGAUGAGCUGCUGGCACGGGCCGGCCCUCCUCCCAUGGAGGACGUGCUGAUGCACAUCCUUCCAGUUGAUUCCGAACAGGUUUUUGCUCGUGUAAACAAUCUGGGGAAUGAAAUUUCUCCUGUACAAGCCUGGUGCCAACCAGAGCUGCGCGGCGAAAAGACCAGUAACAAUGAUGGGCAAACGGUGAUAACUCCAGUCGAGUUGAUCAAGAAACCUGUUGAGAAGCAAGUGAUAACAGAAGGAAGACUGCAGCUCGCUGGUGAUGGCUAUCAGCUGCUAUCUUCAAAUGGCAUAGACAAAACUGCAGAACAACUAUACGUGGAUCAAUUAGGGAGACAAACCAACUCAAUGGACCAAUCACUGCAGCAUACUGAUGGACAAAACCAAUCACAUGAUAAUAUGGAAAGCAAUGAAGUGUCAAGCGAUGAUAGAAACAGUGAUGGCGAUUCUGACAGAAGCCUAGGAAAUGAAUCAGAUAAAGGGCUUGGAGCACACUAUAGUCCUAGUUUAAUGGAAUUGGAUAAUGCAAGACCACCAGAACUUGGAAUGAAAUUUGCAACACUUGAAGAUGCACAGAGAUUCUAUGAGACACAUGCUCUUAAAACUGGCUUUGUUGCAAAGCGGGGGACGAACUACAGGAGAAAAAAGUUUACCAUAGAGUGCCACAAGACUGGCACAUCAAAGCUAACUCCGAACCCACAGAGGAAGAGGAAGAAAAAUAUUAUAGAGAGGACUCAAUGCCAGGCAAAGGUGGUAGUGAAGCUCAAUAAGGGACAAUGGGAGUAUGCAGCAGUCCGGAAUGAACACAACCAUCCAUUGUGUCCUAGCUAUUCGCUUAGAUUCUCAAAGCGCAAACGCAGGCGAAAUCCUCCAAGCCAGAAACAGCUGGAUGUUCAGAGAAAUAGUGACCAACUGACACAGGCAGAUAAUCUUGAGGAACGGUUGUCGCAACCUCUUAUUUCAGCUGAUUCAAAUGAAGUAAACAACAAAAGGAUGCCUAGACAUGCAGAGAUUAGUAUAUCUACUGUAGAGAAGGAACCUGUUGACAAACUACAGCGAGCUGGUGAUUAUCAGGAGCAAUCUUCAAAUGGCAUAGACAAAAAUACAGAACGACCAAUUGUAGAUAAAUUGGGAGACCAAACAAGCUCGAUAGACCAUUCACUUCAGCAUACUGAAGAGCAUAACAGAUCACAUGAUAAUGUGGAAAGCAGUGAAGCGCCAAGCGAGGAUACAAGCAGUGAAAGCAAUUCAGACAGCAGCUCAGGUGAUGAGUCGGAUAAGGAGCUUGGGAAGUACUUCUAUCCUAGUUUCGACGAACUGAAGAAUUCAAGACCACCAGAACCCGGAAUGAAAUUUCCAUCCCUUCAAGCCGCACAAAGAUUCUAUUACGCACAUGCUCUCCUUACUGGUUUUGUAGGAAAGAGGGGAACCAACUACAAGAGAAAGAAGUUUCACUUAGAAUGCAACAAGAGUGGCAAAAUGAAGUUAACGAAGUCAUCUGAAAACCCAAUGAAGAAGAGGAGAAGCAAUCUUGUAGAGAAGACACAAUGCAAGGCAAGGGUGAUAGUGAAACUCGAUAAGGGAGAAUGGGAGUUCACAGCAGUUCGCCAUGAGCACAAUCAUCCGUUAUGCCCAAGCCCUUUGCUUGCAAGAUUCAUAGUAGACCACAAACAAAUGUCAACUGGAGAGAAGUCAUUUUUAAGAGUUCUGCAACAAAAUAGGGUACCUCCUAAGAAAAUUAUGAAGAUUUUCAGGAAACUAAGAGUUUGUUUCGGAGACAUACCAUUUGAAAAUAAAGAUGAGCACAACAUAGCACAGACAGAACAUAGAAAAGCAAACUCAGAUGUUGAAAGCGCAUUGAAGCACUUCACAGAAUUGCAGAUUCAAAACCCAGAAUUUCUGUACGUAAUGCAAAAAGAUGAGGACAACACAGUUACAAGCAUCUUCUGGACUGAUGCAAGAUUGAGGAUCGAGUAUGAUAUUUUCGGAGAUCUCAUUAUGUUUGAUGCUGCCUAUAGCACUGAUAUGUAUAACAUGCCUUUUGUGCCUAUUAUUGGAAUAAAUAGCCACGCGACACCCUUCCUGUUAGGAUGUGCUUUGUUAAAAGAUGAGAAAGUAGAAACCUUCGAAUGGAUGUUGCGUACAUUUUUGCAAGUGAUGGGAGGAAAAAUGCCAAGAGCGGUCAUAACAAACCAGGACACAUCAAUGGAGAAGGCAUUUGCAGAACUCAUGCCGCAUGUAAGGCUUAGGUUUUGCAAGCGGCAUGUUAUGAGCAAAGCUCAGGAAAAGCUUGGAGACUUCAUGACAGCAAGAGGUAACAUAAAUACAGAUCUACAUAACUUAGUAGGCAACUCGCUGGUAGAAACAGAAUUUGAAGAAGGAUGGGUUGAGCUUAUUGAGAGAUACAAUGCAAGUGAAAACCAACACCUGCAACUCAUGUGGCAAACAAGAAAAAGUUGGGCACCUGUCUAUUUUAGAGAAGAUCUCUACCCAUUUAUUGACUCAGUUGGUUCCAACGAGGGAAUAAACUCAUUAUUUAAAGGUAAUAUGCUUCCAAAGGACACAAUAGAUAAGUUCAUUGGGCAAUUUAAGGAGAUACAAGAGAAUAUAGCAAAAGUUCAUGAAGAAGAUAGAUUUCAGUCAGGAGCUGACCUUAAAUACAUCUCAAUGCAACCAAUAGAACAACAUGCAGCACAUAUUUACACAAGGGAAAUAUUUCUGAAAGUACAGGAAGAACUACUACAUUCUACUGCAUUCAACGUGCAGGAGAUACAAAUAGGGACAGUGUACAGACUUGAAAAGGUCUUCAACUAUGAGAACCCAGAGUUUGAUAGAAAUUAUUUUGAAGUGCUUGCUGAACCUGGCAUCAAUGCAUUCAAGUGCCAAUGUGCAAAAUUUACAAGGGAUGGAAUACCUUGCUGCCACAUAUUCAGACUUUUCACUCAGUUUGGAAUCAAUGAAAUACCAGAGCAGUACAUAAUGCCCAGAUGGACUAAAAAAUUCAGAGAGGAGCAGCUAAAACAGAACAAGGAAAAAUUAUUUGACAAGCAUGGUAUAAAGGAUUCAGAAAAUACAUUGAGAUAUGCAAUGCUAAUGAGUAAAGCGGCUGAAAUUUGCCCGAAAAUUUGCCAUGAUGAAGCAAAAUGCAGCAUAUUCAUGCAGGAACUAGACAAGAUUCAAGAGAAGUUGAUAACGGAGAGCAGAGAAAAUGCACAGAAUGAUAACCCAUGUCGUGAACAAGGGGCCUUGCAACAGGAGCAUCGUGGGAGCAGUAGCAAUACAGAGCAAGAGCAACAGCAUACAGGUGGCUUGUAAGGCACAGUGAUGCUUGGUCCAAAAUGUGCAGUGGGUCAGUAGAGCAUUACGGGAGUGAGCCAAUUGAUCUCUUUGUGCGGGUUCUGGUCUUCUGGAGGAGACUAUUUUGUCCAGGAAGUAGAAUGGUUAGUAUAGUUAGUUUAGCUGAAGUUAGUUGUGGUAAACUUGUCUGUUAGGAAAGUGUUGGUCGAGAGCAGGAAGACGUGUAAAGAUGCAUUGUAUCUAUUAGCUCUCCUGUCUAAACAUGCAUCUUGGUUCGCGGCAGUAUGGGAAGCUGAUAGUUAAUUGACAUCUGUGUUCGCCAAUUUUGCAGGUAUGCCUUCUUUUUUUGUCUGCCUUUGUUGGUUUCAAAAUGAUUUAGUGUGUAUUUGUUGCAAUGCCAUUUCGUUGAAUCGCCUGUAAUAUGUUUCAUAGGUUUUGAUGUAGUAUGUUCCGUGCGCUUUGGUCUUGAUUGUAUGAUCUUUGUUUCUUAUACUGUUUAUGGGUAAAUAGGGAGAUGUAUAUUGUUCUGUU